GUGUGAGUGGGUGUGUGUACGUGUACAAGUUUGGGCGCACUUCUGGUCCACAUACCGACUCCUGCCCCCCACAAACAUACAGGCAGGUCCAUUCUCAGUCUUGGUCCUGAAGUAGCCCUGCUCUUCACAGACUGGCCCUGAGUACUGCGAGAUGAUGAAGGAUUACACUGGGUUAAUCUGCUUGCCUGCCAUCUGCCUGCUCCACGCAAAUUAAACCUGAAAGCAGAGCUACAGUCACAAAUGUUGAUUGAGGAUGAAAAUUGAUAAAGGAAUACUUUUUUCACCGCUUUGCUUUUUAGUGCAUAUCUGCUUUGUAGCAACACAGGGUGAUUAUGCACCAUAUUUCUAUGACAAUGGACCCCACAGUAACAAUGGCAAUAUGGCACUGUUCAGUCUUUCAGAAGAUACACAAAAAGGAACACAGAUAUAUGUUCUAAAUGGAACGGAUCCAGAGGGCCAGCCGGUAAGAUAUGGCCUGUCCUUUGAUCCAGGAUCUAAAGAAUAUUUUCGUGUUGAUCCAAAAUCUGGAGUAGUAACCCUGAUCGAGGAGCUUGACAGAGAGGUGCAUGAUGAGCUUGAGGUUCUUGUCAGUAUUUCAGAUGGCCUUAAUAAAGUAGUUGAAAAGGUAAGGGUGUUUGUGAUGGAUGCCAAUGAUGAGCGACCACAGUUCCAGAACAUGCCUUCCAUUGUGGAUGUACCAGAGAACACACCAUCUGGCAGCAGUAUCUACAAAGUGCAGGCUGUGGACAGAGAUACAGGCUCAGGCGGAUCUGUCACCUACUUUCUUCAGAGCAAUGACCCAAACAGCAAAUUUGCAAUUGACCGCCAUAGUGGAGUGCUGAGGAUAAAACCGGGUGAGAACCUUGACUAUGAGAGGUCCAGGACACAUUUCGUCACUGUAGUGGCAAAGGAUGGAGGUGGAAAUUAUAAUGGGAAAGUACAGGUGAUGUCAUCAUCUGCUACCUUGACAAUCAAUGUGAUUGACAGCCAGGACUCUCCUCCUGUCUUUGUUGGAACACCUUACUUUGGCUAUGUCUAUGAAGUUUCUUCACCAGGAUCUGAAAUAUUCACUGUAUUUGCAAAAGAUGGAGAUGUGGAAAAUCCUAAUCCAGUUGUUUAUUCUAUUGAAAGUGGAUCCGAUGGUGUGUUUGGCAUUAACAAAACAAGCGGAUGCAUCACUCUGCUUGCUUAUCCAGCCCAUUUGAGAAGAGAAAUAUUUAAUAUCAAAGUCAAGGCUUCAGAGGUGAAUGCAGAAGGAAAUCUCAUGGACUUUUCUGUCACCACUGUAACCAUUCGAGUUGUGGACCUGAAUAACCAUCCCCCUACCUUUUAUGGAGAGAGCGGCCCACAGAACAUGUUUGAGCUGACCAUGUAUGAGCAUCCUCCAGAAGGAGAGAUCCUGAGGGGCCUGAAGAUCACCGUCAAUGAUUCAGACCAGGGCGCAAAUGCAAAGUUCAAUCUGAGGCUGGUGGGGCCAGGCCGCAUGUUAAGAGUGGUGCCACAGACGGUCCUUAAUGAAGCUCAAGUCACCAUAUUAGUAGAGGACUCUGCUGCAAUAGACUAUGAGAAAUCUCAGUCUCUGACAUUCAAGCUUCUUGCAGUGGAGAUCGACACCCCUGAGAGAUUCAGUGCCACCGCAGAUAUAGUCAUAAACUUGCUUGACACUAAUGAUAACGCUCCAAAGUUCUCAUCUGAUUUUUACAUUGCACGGAUCCCAGAGAACUCGCCUGGUGGCUCUAAUGUCGUGUCUGUGACAGCCACUGAUCCAGACUCUGGUCUAUGGGGUGUUGUCAAAUACUCCAUCUAUGGCUCAGGAUCAGACCUGUUUCUCAUCCAGUCGGAUUCAGGGAUCAUCUACACCCAGCCCUGGGCCAGUCUUGACGCUGAAGUGAAAUCCAAGUACAACUUUUAUGUGAAGGCUGAGGACACAGAGGGGAAAUACAGCCUUGCUGAAGUUUUCGUCACUGUGUUGGACCUCAAUGAUCAUUCACCAGAGUUCAAUGAGAAUUCUUUAGAGAAAACAAUGGUUAUUGGUGCCCCUGUGAAAGUAGAGGCAGUAGAUGAUGAUGCAGAAGAGCCCAACAAUGUUAUUGAGUAUUCCAUCAUGAAAGCAGAACCAGACAACAUCUUUGACAUCAAUGCUGAGACAGGAGAGAUUAAAUUGAAGCCCUACAUCAAGUCUAUGGACAUAGUGCAGAACAUCACCAAUCAGAAAGAAUGCACCUGGUCUGUGGUGGUCCAGGCCAGAGACAGAGGCUCCCCAUCUUUCAGUACCACCACUGUCGUGAAGAUUGACAUCACAGAAGCAACUCAACUCAGGGGACCUUUGGCCUCCUUUUUAAUGCAAAGUAGGGAAAAUCCCAUGCAGAUCCUAGGCUUGAUCACUGGUGUCAUUAUAGUCAUGGUUGUUGUCACAGUCUUGAUAUCUACAGUCAUGUUCAUGCGAACCAAAAAGUCCAACAAGAUCUUGCCUUCAAGACGCAUCAUAAGAAGGAGAGCCAAGCAUCGCAAGCAGUGGAACAUUCAGAACCCAUUCAAACCACAGAGCAAUGGUGAAAAUUUCAUGAUGAAGGAAUCUGAAGUUCCAAUGGCAGAGAACAUCAACUGUAACAAUAACAGUGUCGGUACCCGGUGGUCUCCUCCAGCACCCCCGAGAGCCCCCCUGCCUCCUCCACUGCCAGGCCAUUCCAGAUCAGGGGAACGCUCAUGGGCAGUACCAACUGUCUCUGCCUCUGUCGCCUCUAAAUCAAAGAAGAGAUCCUGCAGACACAAAGAGAACCCUGUUAAUACAGCACUCGUUUCUGAGCUCAAAUUAAAACUGGAACAGAAGAAGAUGACAAACCGGUACUAGUGCUUUGUGAUAUCUUUGUGUUCAUUUGACUUGAUGUUCACUGAGUUUAAGGAACGUGCAAACUCUGGUGAUAAACUGGUCACAUAUCACCUGAGCAAGCUUUCCUCAAGUGCUGAAUAUGAGGCCAAGAUUCCAGUCAGCAGGAUUGCACUCCUGUUUCACUGCCAAGCAUGCAAGCAAUUUAUCCAUUUUUUCUAAGGCUUUCCAUAUUGAGUCAGAGCAACAGGUGAAGCCUGACCAAAGGCAUAAGGAGUCUCUGCUGUUUCCCUGAGUACUGCCCUCUUAUGGCUCUGGUAACCCAUGCCCCCCACCACUAAGGUUUAUCCAGAAAUGACAAACGUUAUAACAACAACAAUAUAACAACAUAAUACCUAACAAAAUAUGAAUACUGAAGUGAAAUUUAAAAAUUACUACCAAAAAAAGAAAAUACACCACAAAAUGAAUUCUUUUUUAUUCAAGAUCUUGAAUACAGACUCACAAAAAAUGAAAUCAUUGCAUAUUUUGUAGGCUUAAUUAAUAUUUAAUUUUGAGGUCACGAUAAAAGUAUUUCAGAUCUCAGUAUUGUAAAAGUUGUAUAAAUUUUCACAAUGCCAAACUACUUACAGUGAUGUGUUGGUUUACAGGAAUUUUGUUUUUAUAGAGAUUUAUUUGACAUUUUUCACUAUUAGAUUAUUCUUUUCUAAAUAUUUGUCAAGCCCUAGACCAGGGGUCGGCAACAUGCAGCUCCGGAGCCUCUUUUGUUGCCCUGUUGUGGCUCCACAGCAGUUACAUUUUUAGGUAAAAAUAAAAUUAUCCUCCUUUGCAGUAAAAUAAAGCUCUGCUGAUCAUUCUAAUGAGUUUUAACAAUAAAUGGUCUUAAAUGCUGCAGUUAAUAUAUAACUGCUAAUUCACCCUUUAACCCCACAUAGACUGCUGGUCACCAGACAACGCAGACAACAGUCUUGCCUCGCUAGUAGCUAACAUAAAAGCAAAAAGAGAGAUUUAAGACAAACAUCCAUAAUUUGGAGACUAAUGGACCUAUUUGCAUUUAUAAGCCCCUGGCCAGUUUUCUUAUGCAUUUAAUCUGCAAGAAACUGUCACACAUUAAAAAGUUGUGAGGCUGAAGUCAGUUUCUCAUUCGCUAGCUUCUUAUUCGAUUUGUCCCAUUCCACCUUAAAUGGUGCCUGAGACACCAGAAUGUAACUGCUGCACAAUUUAAGGUUAGAACAAGAAGAUUUGAGAAAAGCAGCUAUAGCUGAGCUGAAGCUUAAAGCAGAGCAAAGUAAGUCUGCAUUUUCUAUGCCUAAACUAGGACAUGAGCACAUACUGAGACAUAUUUACAGCCAAGAUGGUAAAAUGGACAUGAAAUGUUGUGGCUCCCAAGGUGGUUUGAUUUUUGUUGAAAGGACAAAAUGGCUCUUCUUAACGUUUGGGUUGCCGACCCCGGUCAUAGACAGUCUGAACAGGUGCAACAAUUGUACAUUGCUUUGUCUUGUUUUGUUUAUAAAACAUAAUUCUUUUGUAUAUAAUAAUAUAAGAUUUAUACAAUCAUAUUAUUUCCUAAGUAUCUAUUGUCACUGUGUAUAUCAAGGUACAUAUAUAAACAAAAUAGACUUCUGUUGUACAGUAUGGGGAAAAAACUACUAUGUUGUAUGUUUGUUUAUAUGUGA